AUGGAUUUUAACACGUUCGAUGAAAUGACACCAAUGGAGCUAAUGGAAACUGAACUAGAAAACUUAAUUCAGCAAUAUACUAUAAAUGGUAUUCAAACUGAGGUUCAAAAGAACACAAUAGAUAGAAUAAGUGACAGAAUGAGCGAUAAAAUAGUAGAUGAAAAUCCAGUGGCUAAUGAGACAGUACAAACUGUCACAAAAAUAGAAAUUUUUGACACUUGGGACCAAGUUGAAAAUUUUUUUGCUAAAUAUAGUACACAAAAUGGAUUCAGUAUCAACAAAUAUAGGAAUAGACAUAGUAAGACUGGUGUAAUCUACAAAAGAACCUUUUUUUGUAAGUUCAGCAAAAAGUAUAAAGCUAAAAAAGAUCAUAAAGCAGCACAAAAAGAAACACAAUACGAAUCUAGAAAUCAAAUCGAAAUAACCACUUUUGUUAAUAAGCAUAAUCAUAAGCUGUUCUCAGAAACUCAGGAAUUCAGGAUUAAAUAUAGGUCAUUAAGCAAGGAAGCCUUAGAAGAAAUAAAAAUAAUGACUAAGCAUGCAAACUUAUUGGUUACUGUUCAAAGAAAACUUCUUAAAGCAUAG